CGCCUGAAGGCGGCGGGGAGCUUGGUGCAGCCGCCGUGGACACAAAGAGCUGUUGGCGGUACCGGGAGGCCGGCGGCGGAGGGGACGCCCGCUGCCCAGCGAUGCAUCCGCGUCCGGGAGCAGAGUGUGCGGUUCUCCAGCGCGGGGACCGUGAAGCCCGGGCGUGCGGGCUGCGGCCGGGUCGGGGGCUAAACGGCAGCCUGCGAUGGGAUGGAUGGAGAAGAAGACGGCCACUAUGUCUCACAGCUCAGGGACGUCUACAACAGCUGUGACACCACAGGGACUGGCUUUCUGGACCGUGAGGAACUGACCCAGCUCUGCCUUAAGCUUCACCUGGAGAAGCAGCUGCCUGCCCUCUUGCAGACUCUCCUCGGAAAUGACCACCUUGCCAGGGUUAACUUUGAGGAGUUUAAGGAAGGCUUGGUGGCUGUUCUGUCAUCAAAUGCAGCUCUUGGCCCUUCCGAGGAAGACAGUGAUACUUUGGAAUCAGCUGCCUCCCGUGCUGUUCCGCCAAAGUGUAUGAGGGGCUCUAAGUGGUACGGCCGUCGGAGCCGGCCCGAGCUGUGUGACACUGACACCGAGGGCAGAUACGGGCCAGAACAGCAAGCCAAGGCCACCCCGAAAAGCCAGCUUCGGCGUUCUGCAUCUCUGGAGAGCGUAGAGAGUCUCAAGUCAGAUGAAGAUGCUGAGAGCACCAGAGAGCCUCGGAGUGAGCCGUUCACAGCCCAGGGCCAGUUACAGACCUGGGGUUCUGGAGUGUUCAGGAAUCCCCAGAAGUCCCGCAGCCCCUCCUCUAACAGCCCCGAGAGCCGGGUUCGGGUCAUCUGGGAAGAGCUGGGUGUUGGCAGCAGUGGUCACCUGGAUGAGCGGGAGCUGGCUGUGGUCUGCCAGAGCGUCGGACUCCACGGACUGGAGAAAGAGGAGCUGGAGGACCUGUUUACCAAACUGGAUCGAGAUGGAGACGGCAGAGUGAGCCUUGAGGAAUUCCAGCUUGGCUUGCUCAGUCAUGAGCCCGCCUUACUUUCAGAAUCUUCCAUUCUGGUCAACCCAAGCAGGCCCUGGUCUCAUAGCGAGGUCCUCGAGGGGAGCUGCGGCCACACCACCACCACCUCGUCCCUGGUGUCCCUGUGCUCAGGCCUGUGCCUCUUCUCCCGCUUUGACGAUGGCACUGGCUUCGCCUGUCCUGAGCAGGUCUUGGCUGUGUGGGCCCAGGAGGGCGUUCGGAAUGGUGGGGAGAUCUUACAGAGCCUGGACUUCAGUUUGGAUGAGAAGGUGAACCUCAUGGAAUUGACCUGGGCCCUUGACAACGAGCUCAUAGCAGUCGAUGGUGCCGUCCAGCAGGCUGCCUUGGCCUGCUACCGCCAGGAGCUGAGCUACCACCAGAGGCAGGUGGAGCAGCUGGCCAGGGAGCGGGACAAGGCCAGGCAGGACCUGGAGAGGGCCGAGAAGAGGAACCUGGAGUUUGUGAGAGAGAUGGACGACUGGCACUCCGCCCUGGAGCAGCUCACAGAAAAGAAAAUCAAGCACCUGGAACAGGGCUACCAGGGGAGGCUAAGCCUCCUGCGGUCAGAGGUGGAGACAGAGCAGGAGCUGUUCUGGGAGCAGGCCUGCAGGCAGAGGGCCGCACUGGAACAGGACCUGGAACGCCUGCGCUCUGAGGAGGCUAGCCUGCGUGAAAAGCUGACCCUGGCCCUGAAGGAAAACAGCCGUUUACAGAAGGAGGUUGCAGAAGUGGUGGAAAAGCUCUCGGGUUCAGAGAAGCUGGUCCUGAAGCUGCAGAAAGACCUGGACUUGGUGUUGAGGGACAAGCUGGAGCCUCAGAGCACAGAGCUUCUGGUGCAGGAGGAGCGGUUCUCAGCAGUCCUGGAGGAAUACGAGCACAAGUGCCGGGACCUGCAGGACCUCAACGACGAGCUGCAGGCUGAGCUGGAAGGCCUGCGGGCACAGCUGCCCCCAUGUCGGCACAGCCCUUCUGGAGGCCCAGGGCAGCGGCGACCUGGACACAGCCCAGCAGGCAUCCUCCUCAUGGGUAAUUCUGCUCCCAUGAGUAUAGAAACAGAGAUAAUGAUGGAGCAGGUGAAGGAACGUUACCAAGACCUCAGGAUGGCGCUGGAGACCAAGGUGAAUUACUACGAGAAGGAGAUGGAGGUAAUGAAGAGGGACUUUGAGAAAGAGAGACAGGAGGUGGAGCAGGCUCACAGGUGCGAGGUCAGCAUUCUGGAGGCACAGAAAACAGACCUGGAGACACUGCUUGCCAAGUCCCAGGAGGUCACCCAGGGCCUGCAGGAGCAGCUGCAGCACUCAGCCCAGGGCCUUGAGGCCCAACAGCUGGGCCUGGCCCUGGCACCGUGCUGCACCCAGGCGCUGUCCAGCCUGGCCCUGCGGCUGGAGGAGGAGCUUCGCAUGAGUCGCCGGCGCCGGCGCCGACAGAGCAGGAAAGAGGUGAAACAUGAGUUGAGCCGGAAGCUGUCUUGGGUGGAAGCCCAGCACGCUGCCCACUGCGGAGACCUGCCCCUCCAGCGCCAGCAUGAGAAGGACAUGCUACCUCGGAAGCACCAGCUGCAGGAGAAGGAGAUGGCAGAGCGUCUGGGUCUGGAGAAGCCGUGGCUGGCAGAGAGGGAGACAGACAUCCUCACUCUCUGUCUAAAGCAGCAGCUGGAGCUGCAGGAGCUGAGGAGUAAAGAGCCGGCACCACGGAUUUGCAAAUUAUUCAUGCUAGAGAAGGAGAGGUUAGACCUUGCCAAUGAGAAGCAGGUGGAAGGGCCUGCCUGGGAAGUAGAGGUGCCACGGGCCCUUUGGAAAGGUGAGCCAGUGGUGGCAAGGAGCAGACAGGAGGGCACACACAGCCCCAUGCCCCAGUGUCCAGGCAGUGGGGAGCAGCCAUUGCCCUGGCUGGAACUGUGUGUUAGUGGACAGAUGGUAGAGGCAGCAGGAGUCAAGCCUGGCUGUCCGCAAGCCAGGUGCAGGGACAUGCCUGGCCAGCUCUGCUGUGCAGAUGCCAUGCAGAGCCCAGACUCAGCCCCUGCUCUGGUGGCCAGUGGGCCCUCGGAGAGCCUCAGCCUCAAGGAGAACUGUCAGGGUUUGCUCAACACUCCAGAGGGGGCUUCUGUUCCCUCAGAGAGGUGGUCACAUGUGCAGCCACAUGGGGUGGAUGGAGGGCCAAUCCCGGAGGAAUCAGUGCCUUCUGCCAGGGGCCCCAUGGGCCUGAGCCAGCCUAAAGGCCAGCAGUGGUUCCUGCCGGGAACAGAGGGACAUGUCUCACCGGCUCAGCCUCAGAUGCUGGGGCUGCCAGUAGGCCUGGCCUCCCCAAGGAGCAGGUGGGUUGAGAGGCCACAGGCUGCUCUGGAGGAGCCAGUUGGGAGCCAGAGCCAGGGACAGGUCUUGGAGGAACAGGCAGGGGGUGAGGGCAGCUUGCCAGCUCAGCCCCAGUUUGCCUCCCCAGAGGAGGUGGAGAGAGAGAGGAACGGCGUGACAGUCAAACUGCUGCAGCUGGAAGACAUCGUCCGGGCUCUUGAGAAAGAAGCAGACGCGAGAGAGGACAGCAGAGUCGAAGUUCAUCGGCUUUCCGAAGAAAACACUUUGUUGAAAAAUGAUCUGGGAAGGCUCCAGCAGGAGCUUGAAGCUGCAGAGGGUACAAAUGAUGCACAGAGGAGGGAGAUUGAGGAUUUGAAGAAAGACAAGGAAAAGGCCUGCUAUGACGUGGAGGAGCUCAGCAGACAGAGUCAGAAAUACAAGGAUCAGUUGUCCCAGCUCAACCACAGAGUCCGUCAGCUGGGAGAGGAAGCUUCUACCCAACAGGCCCAGCAGGAGGAGAACCACCUCACCAUCCAGCUGUUAACACAGAGCCUGGAGGAGGCAGAGUGCUGGGGGCAGCAGCAGAGUAACAAAAUCCAAAAACUUGAAGUUGAACUUGAAUGUGUGAAUCAAGAAUGUCAGAGCCUGAGACUGUCCCAGGCAGAGCUGACCAGGACCCUUGAAGAACAUCAAGACCAGUUUGAAAAGAACAGGAGGUCCAGCCUGCUGCUCAAAGAGCUCUACGUGGAGAACGCUCACCUGGCCAAGGCACUCCAGGUCACCGAAGAGAAGCAACGAGGUGCUGAGAAGAAAAGCCGCAUCCUGGAAGAAAAAGUCCACGCUCUCAACAAACUCAUCAGUAAGAUGGCUCCUGCAGCCCUGUCUGUGUAGACGCUUGUUCUCCUAGGAGAGCACCCUUGGCCACGUGAAGAUUAUGAAUUCUUUGGUCAGUCCCUGCUCAUUUAGUGAAUACCUACUGUGCGUCAGAUGAUGGGGAAACACGUUACAAAAGACAAUGUUUUUUUAUUAGCAGUCCUGAGUAACUUCCCAUUGUAAAAUUCUCAACUUUUCUGCUCACUGGAAGAUAGAUUUGGGGGGCUGUCAGCAAAGAACAGCUAAGAAGUGGUUAAUGAAACACUUCCAUGUCACACUUCCAACUGGGGUUGUGCAGAUUACAAUGCAAAGUCAGGCUCUGCAGUUGCUAAUUCUCUGCUCUGCUGUGGGCGUAGACCCCUAGGACUCUCACUGGGGCUCUGUACACAUCACUUGCUGUGAAUUGUCAACCCAGAACAAAGGGAAGCCCCUUCUACAGGGACGGGCUCCCCCGGGGGACAUCCUGACCAGGCUUAUCGUCUGUGGACUCAGGGAUGAUGGUGUUUUUAUUGUGAAUGCGAUUUUUUUCUCAUUGAAAUAUCAUCACACUGGAAAUUGUACUAUAUGUAAAAACCCAAAAGGAUAGUUUUAUAUAUGAAAUACACAUAACUUAUGGCUAUAUGGUUUAUUGGAAAGUAGUACUGUAACAUGAAGAGUCACUUGCUAUAAAUUUUUUCUAUUAAGA